AUGAACGAUCAACAUCAACAACAACAGGAGGAGUAUGAAUUAUAUAGAUUGUCCAACGUUACUCUGAUUCGUGGAACUGCUAACCUAGGUCCAGGCGAACUAGUCAUUACCAGCAAGAAUGUAUGUUGGAAGGGAGAGAAGGACCAUCAUAAGAUCACCUUUUAUCAGAUUGGUCUGAGUGCACUGAAGAAGAAUGAGGAUCAAUGUGUAUAUUGUCAAUGCGAUAAACUACCAGAGGAUGUCACUGCAAAUGGAACGAAUGAGGAUGAUGACAAUGAUGAUGAUGAUGACGAUAACAACAAUAACUAUCAUGUAUUCGAGGAUGAGGAUUAUACAGAGCUGAGGUUCAUACCAUCGGACUUGACGAAAUGUAAGAUGGGACUACAGGACGAUGAUGAUGAUGAAGACGAGGAUAUUGACAUGAUGGACAUUGAUUCUGAACAACCUACCUACUAUCCAUUAACUCAACAACAACUAGUGGAUGAGAUAUACGCAAAGUUAUGUCAAGGACAACUGCUCAACCCUGAUCCAGAGGAUGACGACGAAGGCAAUCUAUAUUUUGGUCAACAAGAGGACGACGAUGACGAUGACAUGGAGGAUGAUGACGAGGAAUACGACGAGGACGAAGAAGAAGGUGGCAAUGAUAUGCACGUCAUGAAUCCAAACCAAGUUGAUGAUCUGACACGAUUCCAGAAUGCAGACGAAUGA